AUGCUGUGUGCAAUAGUGACUAGGCCAUGCUCAAUAGUCUGCGAGGUAGCGUCUAUUCUGAAUGAAGAGGAUUUUCAAAUACAAAUAAACAGAGACGACCCUGUUAACGUAGAAUGCCACAUAUCUCUCCCUGUUCUACCAUUGUCUCUUCAGGACUAUGCAUCUCCUGAACCCAGUCUUGUACCUGACAGUUCACUAAUAUCACCGGGGGUCGGACUAUUUGGUGAAUUCCAUUCAAGUCGUAAGUCGAACAUUAUAAACUAA